UUUUUCCUCCUCCUCUUGCCCGGUUCCCUGUGUUCCACUGCUUUCCACCUGGCUGCCUCUACCUUCUCCCUCUCAGCACUUACCCAAUCCAGCAGAAAAGGACAGUUUCUUUUCGCUACCCCUCUCCCGGACGGGAUGAACUCAGAGAGCGACCUGUACGAUGGGGCGAGUGGCUCCAGUGACCCCGCCUCCCUGAGCGUGCGGACGGAGAGCGCCCGGACGAGGCGCUACGUGGGGAGAGACGGCCGGUGCCACGUCUCCUUUCGCCAGGCCCCGGGGGAAUGCGGCCUGUACGUGACGGACAUCUUCACCACCCUGGUGGAGUCCAGGUGGCGGGUGAUGUUCCUCAUCUUCUCCCUCUCGUACAUCGUGUCCUGGCUGCUGUUCGGGCUCUUGUACUGGGUGAUCGCUCUGGCCCACGGCGACCUCACGGACCCGGGCACUCGGCCGUGUGUGGAGAACGUGCGUAGCUUCGCCGCCGCCUUCCUCUUCUCCAUGGAGACGCAGGCCACCAUCGGCUACGGCUUCCGCGGCAUGACGGAGAACUGCGCCGAGGCCAUCGCCGUGGUGACAGUGCAGGACGUCCUCAGCUGCCUCAUCGACACGGUGGUCAUCGGCCUCGUGGUGGCCAAGAUGGCGUCCGCCCGCAAGAGGGCGCAGACCGUGGGCUUCAGCAGCUGCGCGGUGGUCAACCUGCGGGACGGCGUCAUGUGCCUGUCUUGGCGCCUGGGUGACUUCCGCGGCAACCACAUCCUGGAGGGCGUGGCCCAGGCACAGCUCAUCCGCCAUGUGCCACGCCCGUCCGGGGACACAGCCCUAUCCUACCUGAACCUGGAGAUCGAGUGCGACCAUAUUAUCCUAGCCACUCCCACCACUCUUGUCCACAGGCUGGUGCCGGGUAGCUCCCUGUACAGGCUGGGCCCUGAGGACCUCCUGAAGGAGAGCUUUGAGGUGGUGGUCACCUUCACCUACACGGGCGACUCCACGGGCGUUCUGCACCAGACGCGCACCUCCUACACCCCCUCCGAAAUCCGCUGGGGCCAGCGCUUCCAGGACAUGCUGAAGGCGGGGAGGACCCACUACCACGCGGACUACGCCACGUUCCAUGAGACCGUCGCCGUGGCGGUGCCGCACGUCAGCGCAGCCGAGCACGACAGGAUGACGCCACGCACGCUGUUCUCCAACGGCUCGGCCGUUCCCGCCACUUUUGACGCGAGCACCUAUCAGGAAGCCUGGCUGUAGUGGGCUGGCCCCAGCCACAUUUGGU